AUGAAUUAUUAUCAAAUGGUAUUUGGUGGAGUUAUAUUAAUUUUAAAUGUUAAAAAUAUACAAUCAGAAUGUGAACAAAUUAUUGAAAAUCAUAAAUUUAUAGCCAAAUGUUAUGAUUCGGAUUUAAGAGAGGUAAAUGCGUUGCAACAAAAGGAUUUAUACAGCGAAUUGCGAGUAAUCGAUGGUACUUUAGAAAAACUAAGAAAAAAUGCCUUCGAAUAUCCACGAUUAACAACAUUAAAAUUAAUUGAGAAUGGUAUCGAAAAUAUAGAAUCUAGAGCAUUUAGUAACAUACCAUCCUUGAUUUAUUUGGAUUUAAGUAAAAAUCAAUUAGAAUCAUUACCUUCAAGAAUGUUUGAAAGUAACGCCCAAUUACGUAUUUUAAACAUGAGUCGAAAUUCAAUCUGUAAUAUAGAACAUGAUACAUUCAUACGAUCGUCUAAUUUAAUUAAAUUAAAUCUUCAAAAUAAUCUAUUAACCAGCAUAAAAAAAUAUAUAAUUGAACCGUUAACACAACUAGAAUACUUAAAUUUAGUGAAUUUAUUUUUAUAUGGCAAUAAUAUUGAAGUGUUACCCCCAAAUUUAUUUCGAUUUUUACGUAAUCUACAAAUUUUAUCAUUAGAGGAUAAUCAAAUAACUGAUUUAUCAACAGACUUAUUUAAAAAUUCGAGAGAAUCAAAAUUAACAAACUUACAUUUAAGCAAUAAUAGAAUUUCCAAAUUAAAUCCACAAAUGUUUAAAUAUUUAACAUCACUCAAAGAAUUGUCUUUAACAGGAAAUCCAAUUACACAUAUCGAACCCGGUUCGUUCGAUAAUUUGAUUCAUUUAAGCACAUUGACAUUAAAUCAAAAUUCGUUAAAAGAACUUACAUCAAACAUGUUUUCAAAACUGAUUGAGUUGAAUAAAUUAAGAAUCAGUGAUAACGGUGUUACAAAUAUCGAACCUGGAGCAUUUAACAGUUUCCAUGGUGAAUAUCCCGAUGAAACUUCACAUAUUUUAAACUUAGAUCUGUCGAAAAAUAAUUUAACGCAUUUAUCUUAUAGUAUGUUCGCUCCUUUAACUCGCUUACUAACACUAGAUCUCACGUUUUCGUCAGUAAAAACAAUGGACCUUAAUGUGUUCGAACCUAUGGGAGAUACUUUGCAAACACUAGAUUUAAGCGGAAAUCAAAUUGAGGAAUUAAAUUUAGGGAUUUUUGAUUGUUUAGAAAAUGUAAAUUUCUUAGGAUUGAAUCGAAAUUUAUUAAAAACACUCCCUGGUGAAUUAUUUAAAAAUAUGGUGUUUUUAGAAAGCUUAGGCUUAUCUGAAAAUAUGUUAAAAACUAUACCCAUGACUCAAUUGUUUAACAUUCCACGAUUGUUGGAAGUAAAAUUAGAUCAGAAUCAGUUAAUUAAUUUACCACCUGAGGUUUUUGAAGGUGAAGAUUGUAAAGUGAAACGGCUACACGUUUAUGGGAAUAAAUUAACAUAUUUAGAUAAAAAAUUUUUAGAACGUUCUCAGAUAAAGCAUAUUCGAUUUGGUGGAAAUCCAUGGCAAUGUGCAUGUUUAAAUGAAAUAAUGAAUGAUGUUUAUCGUUUGAAUGUACAAAUAAUAAACCCAGAAUUUUAUUUUGAUGGAGGUAAUCCGGCGUGUGUUGUCACAAAGAAUAAUACUUGUAUUCGAGAAACAUAUUUGGCAGAAGAUUUGUUUAAAAGAUAUCAGUCUGUUAAACAUUUAAAAUAUUUUAAUGUUGGUUUUUUUACAUGGUACACGUAAAACAAUACUUGUAAGGGUGGGGGAGUUUUAAAUAAAAUCUAAGCCUUAUAAACUAACGGCUGGUUACUAAUGGAACGCUAACAUCAAAUCCGAAUUGAACAUAUCGAACUUAAGGCUGUUUUCUCGGUGUAAGCAUAGUGUCGGAAAAUUCUUUAGCGACGUUGGGCAUUUUUUGGCAAGGAAAAAUGUUUUUAUAGCAGUAUAUCUGUAGCUAUACAGCUGACGUAUUGUGUAACAUUAGCGCUGCGUAUAUAACUGCAUAUAAAAAAGAGUAAAAUUAAAAAAAAAAAUAUAUUUAAAAAAUCAAAAAAACCGAGUUAAAUUUAAACUGAAAAGAAAAAAACAAGUCCAGGAGUUUACAUAGCGAUUUUAACAGUCAGGGCCCAUUAAAAUCUACACCGGCUCGAAUAUUUCCUUAUAAUAGGUCCCAACGGUUCAAGUCGCUAUGUAAUCUGCUGGACUUGUCUUUUUCUUUUCAGUUUAUAUUUAACUCA